CCAAAUACAUCGAAGAGAUCGUCCAAAUACAUCGAAGAGAUCGUCCAAAUACAUCGAAGAGAUCCUCCAAAUACAUCGAAGAGAUCCUCCAAAUACAUCGAAGAGAUCCUCCAAAUACAUCGAAGAGAUCGACCAAAUACAUCGAAGAGAUCGUCCAAAUACAUCAAAGAGAUCGUCCAAAUACAUCGAAGAGAUCCCCCAAAUACAUCGAAGAGAUCCCCCAAAUACAUCGAAGAGAUCCUCCAAAUACAUCGAAGAGAUCCUCCAAAUACAUCGAAGAGAUCGUCCAAAUACAUCGAAGAGAUCCCCCAAAUACAUCGAAGAGAUCCUCCAAAUACAUCGAAGAGAUCGUCCAAAUACAUCGAAGAGAUCGACCAAAUACAUCGAAGAGAUCCCCCAAAUACAUCGAAGAGAUCAUCCGAAUACAUCGAAGAGAUCGUCCAAAUACAUCGAAGAGAACCUCCAAAUACAUCG